AUGCCGAAAGAACUCAGAGCCCAGUCUCAUCCUCACCGGGUCCAGCCAGUCCCCCUCCCCACGCAGGAAUCCAGCAAGGGAGCCCGGGGGGCUGCGCAAUGGCCGCCUUCGGACGACGAGCGCCUCAUGGAGGCACGUAAAGCAGGCCUCAGCUGGAAGCCCAUUGCGGCAAAGUACUUCCCGUAUAAGACACACAACGCAUGCCGCAAGCGCCACGAACGCCUCAUGGAGCAGCAAAACGCCCGGGAUCUGGACGGCGUCAAGCUCGAGGUGCUGGCGCGCGAAUACAUGAACGUUAGGAGGGAGAUGUGGAGCAUUCUGGCCGAGCGCGUGGGCGAGAAGUGGGCUACUGUCGAAGCCAAGUGCAUGGAACGCGGGCUCAAGAACCUCCAGGCAGCGCACCGGGCCGGACAGCGCAAGGAGCGGGCCAAUCAAGAGGGCGAUGGCGGACGAGGUAACUACUACGAAGGCGACAGCGGCAUCGGAUACUCGGAUGCUGAGAACGAGGUAGAGGACUACUCGUCGUCGCUCGAGGCUGGCCCCAGCCAGGGCGGAGCGGACCAUCAACAGCCACAACCCAGCCCGACUACCGGCUUCCAACCAAAUCAGAGGGGCGGGCCGUCGAUCCAGUCGAUGCUCUCGCCCGAGCCGCACCCAGGCCACCACGCGAGCUGA